CUUCCGGGGUACACUUCAGCGGAAUCUACCAUUGAUGUGUCUGUUUUUUAUACCCGUUAUUUUAUCGAAUGUUAUUUAUGUAAUUAUCCUAACUUCACAGUAUCGUUUGCUUUUCGCGUGAUUUAGGGAUUUGGUCUAAAUUCCUUUCAAACAAUAGUGCUUUAUUUACAGGAAACCCGAGCACGUUUCCUGUGUUUAUGUUGCUAAACCUGUCGAUUUGACAGCGUGUGGUUUGGAACACACCGCUCUCAGCAUGGAGAACACACCUCGGCGCAGACUGCACUUCUAGAGAAGCUGUCCACUACUUAAACUUCGGAUUAUGAAUUCCUCUACAAACAGUCUGGAUGAUGCAUCAGCAGACAGCAGUGCUGAAUUCCCAGACAGAACAUCCAUGAUGGAGGUGCGUCUGCAGGCGCAGGAAGAUGAGCUCACGCUGCUGAAAUCCUCACUGGCUGAUGCCCUGCGCAGAAUCCGCCUGCAUGAUCAGCUCCUCCCGUUACUGAAACAGCAGCUCAUUGCAGUGAACCCAGGUGCAGCACGGGUGCUGAAUCAAGUGUGCUGUUCCGAUGGUUGCACCAGCAGCAGAAGACUGUCCUCUAGUUCAGCUGGCGACGGGAUCCGCCACCCUGCUACCAGCCAACUGUCAGAAAGCAUUGUGACCAAUGGCCACAUAGGAAGCCCCAUGUUCAUGGAGCCCAGACCAGCAACACUCGACAGGUCAACCCAGACAGAGCCCACCCUCCUUGGGCAGGACAGGGUCCCUCUCCCCAGGCGGGUCCAGAGCCUGCAGCUGGAGGAUGCCCUCCAUCCAGAGCAGCCUGUUGAGGGGACACGGAUGAAGCUCCACCGCACCCCUGGUAUGGAGGAGGAGGAUGAGGAGCAGGAGGAAGAUGAAGAAGGAAGAGGGGAGCAAGAAAAAGGCCUGAGACGGACGCCGUCAGUGGAGGAGCCAAUCCAGGCCACCACGAUCAGAGGCCUCCAGAGGGAGGACUUCCACAAUGGAAGCUGUUCUCCAGAGGAGCCCGGCUCUGCAUUGGCCUCAGUGAGAACCUCGGAGCAGAACCUCAGUUCCCACUGCGGACCCCUGGCCCCUAUUCAGGAAAGAGAGAAGACGCCACUGGUUCGUAGGAACAGCGAGAAACUGGGGAAUCCAGAGAGACAAAGGAAGCGUCUUGAUAAGAAGGCAGCGUCCUCAACCAACCUUCUCACCCGCUCGCCCAGCUUGGAGAACCGAGCUAAGGAGCUGAUUGCCAGUGCAGGAUAUCCUGGCUCCAGAAGGGGAACCUACAGCCAAGGACAGUCAAUCAAAAUGUUUAUCCGAGGCCGGCCGAUAACCAUGUACAUCCCCUCUAGCAUCCAGAACUAUGAAGACCUGAAGAUGGAGCCGCCGUCAGAGAGACUGGAGCUGGACUGGGUCUAUGGUUACCGGGGACGGGACUGCAGGGACAACCUGUACUUUCUUCCCACGGGCGAGGCAGUCUACUUCAUUGCCUGUGUCAUUGUGCUUUACCACAUCAAAAACCGCACACAGCGCCACUAUCACAAACACACAGACUGUGUCCGAUGUCUUACCCUCCAUCCUGACAAAGUGCGAGUGGCAUCUGGGCAGUCAGCAGGAGUGGACAAAGAUGGCAAGCCCCUGCAGGCUUGUGUUUAUAUCUGGGACUCCACCACCCUGGUCACGCUGCAGCAGAUCGGCCUGGGAAUCUUUCAGAGGGGAGUGGGAUCAGUUGCGUUUUCUUUUGCUGACUCUGGAGCAUUCCUGUGUGUGAUUGAUGACUCUAAUGAACACAUGCUGUCAGUAUGGGACUGCAACAAGGGAGCCAAGCAUGCAGAGGUCAAGAGUACCAACGAGGCUGUGUUUGCUGUGGAGUUUAACCCCAGUGACAGCACCAAUAUCAUCACCUGUGGGAAAUCCCAUGUCUACUUCUGGACGCUCAGUGCAGGGCAGUUCACCAAGAAACAAGGCAUCUUUGGAAAAUACAAGAAGCCUAAGUUUAUCCAGUGCUUUGUGUUCAGUCUGACUGGAGAUGUUCUGACGGGAGACUCUGAAGGUAACAUCCUGACGUGGGGAAAAUCAGCUGCAGAUAUCAAAACUCUGGGUAAAGGAGCCAAAGAGACCUUUCAGAUCAUGCGUCAGACCAGAGCCCACGAAGGCAGCGUGUUCACCCUGUGCACCCUACAGGGUGGCGCUCUGCUCAGCGGAGGAGGGAAAGACCGCAAGAUAAUUCGCUGGAGCGCUGACCUGGCACCUGAGAGAGAGUGUGAGAUUCCAGAAAAGUUUGGGGCAGUGCGCACCAUUGCUGAUGUGGACGGGGAGGAACUAUUAGUUGGUACGACCCGUAAUGCCAUCCUCAGAGGCACCUUCUCAGACGGCUUUGUGGCCAUUGUGCAGGGUCAUGUAGACGAGAUGUGGGGGCUGGCUACACACCCCUCUCAGAACAUCUUCAUCACUUGUGGUCACGACAGGCAGGUGUGUUUGUGGAAUACAGAGGAACACAAGUUGGACUGGUGUAUCACCCUGGAGGAGUAUGGAUUGUGUGCUGGUUUCUGCCCAAAUGAAUCAGUGGUUUCAGUUGGCCUCAACACAGGAAGGUGGGUGGUGCUUGACCUGCUGACCAGAGAGAUGGUCUCAGAGUCCAUUGAUGGGAAUGAGCAGCUGUCUGUCAUGAGAUACUCACCAGAUGGCAGCUUCUUAGCUGUUGGCUCUCACGACAACUUCAUCUACAUUUACAGUGUGACAGAGAAUGGGCGCCGCUACACCCGCUUCGGGAGAUGUAAUGGUCACUCCAGCUUCAUAACUCACCUGGAUUGGUCCAAGGAUGGGAAGUACAUUAUGUCUAAUUCAGGCGACUAUGAGAUCCUUUACUGGGACAUUGCAGCAGGGUGUAAACUGCUGAGGAAUCGCUUUGAGAGCAAAGACAGAGAAUGGGCUUCCUAUACCUGUGUGUUGGGCUUCCAUGUCAUGGGUGUGUGGUUAGAGGGCUCAGACGGAACAGACAUCAACGCUCUGUGUCGCUCUCACAGUGAGAAGCUGGUGGCAGUGGCUGAUGACUUCUGUAAAGUCCACCUCUUCCAGUACCCCUGUCCUAAACCAAAGGCACCAAGCCAUAAAUAUGACGGCCACGGCAGCCAUGUCACCAACGUCUGCUUCACCCACAAUGACUCCCAUCUGCUCUCCAUGGGUGGGAAGGACACCUGCAUCCUUCAGUGGAAAGUGAUCAGAGGUGGGGCGGGCCACAGCAGGGAGAGACCGGCCUCAGUCUCAUCCACCUCCACCAGCUCUCCAGAACCUGCCACCAGCUAGGAAGCAGAAAUGGAAAUGUUUACACAGACAGAGAGUGGACAGCAGCCAUAGUUACUGUCUCAGUUUGGCCUCUGUGGUGCCACUGCUGCAUCAGUGUUUUACAGAUUAUGCUGAGGAAUCCUCAUCAGGAGGAACCUCCAUGUUAAUUUUACCUUGACACACCUCCAUAAUCUUGUAAACUCUUGUGAAACUGUACAGUGAUCAUCUGUUGAAGUGGUGGCGAAGGUCAUUAGAAGUGGACAUGUAUGUUUGCUGGUAUAGAACAUGACUUGACAGUUGUGGUGACAAACUUUUUUUCAGUGAACAUUCACUAUUCCUGAACCUUUAGUCCAUCUUGCUUACCUAAUUUUACCAUAAUGCUGCAUUGUGGCCUAUGCCAUUGUCCCUCUAAAAACAUUUUGAUAAUGUUUUUAGAUAAUUGUAGCUGUUUUUAUGAUUCCAUUAGACUGUGACAAACCUAUUCCAGUGAAAUCAACUCUCAGCAUGCCUGACUAAUAACAAUAGAUCAGUAAACUUGAACAUGAUUACUUAA